ACAGUGCAAAAUCAUCCUCAAAAAUGGGUGAAAUCAAGUGAAUCUCAGUGAAAAGAGAAUUUUAACUCAAGUAAGAAGAAAUUCUUAAACCAAAAAAUUACCAAGUCGGAAGAACACGUCAGACAGACGCGAAAUAUCAAGCAAAAUGGAAAGUGGUUCGACCUCGGUCGUACCAAACAAGACUGCGGCUGCACUGUUGAUGGAUGCUGCAAUUGCCGCCAUCAAUGGGACGGCGACGUCGACGCCGAUGACGCCAGGAGACGACGAUGAUCAGCCGAGCAUAUCGAUGGACAAUCUGUACCCGGCGCUGAUCCAGUGCUUUGCCAUCAUAAUCUGCGGAUACCUGGCCGGUCGGCUGAACAUCAUCACCAACACCGAAGCGAAGGGCCUCAACACCUUUGUCGGCACGUUCGCCCUGCCGUCGGUGAUCUUUCUGUCGCUGGCCGAACUCAACUGGAGCACGGUCAAUUGGAAUUUUCUGCUCUCGAUCUUGAUCUCGAAAACGAUCGUGUUCCUGGCGGUGGCGAUCAUCUCGCUACUGGUGGCCCGCCCCGUGAACUAUGGCCGCGCCGGCCUGCUCGCCAUCUUCUGCACCCAGAGUAACGACUUUGCGAUUGGGUUUCCCAUUGUCACGGCUUUGUACUCCAAAAUACACCCGGAGUAUGCGUCGUACAUCUACCUGCUGGCGCCGAUCUCGCUGGCGAUCCUCAACCCAAUCGGAUACGUUUUGUGUGAGAUUUCGAAGAUCAAAGCAAAAGCGGCCGCGGAAAAUGAGCCCAUUGAAUCUGCUAAUGGCCGCCGGCCGUCGGUUCCACCGUGCUCCCAGAUGGCGGACUCGGCCAACUCCAACCGUAAACUUCUGAAGGGCAAAGUUCUAGUCGUAGUUAAGAUUAUCGAGUCCGUCUUCUUCAACCCGGUGCUGUUGAUGACCGUGCUGGGUGUGAUCGGAGGUCGCAUCUUCCAGAACGGUCUGCCAGUGUUCCUGUCUAGCAUUCUGCAGGUCCUAGGCAACUCCUUCUCCGGAACGGCCUUGUUCUUGCUAGGACUGCGAAUGGUAGGCAAGGCAGCUACCCUGCAAGGUCCUGGAUUUAUCCUACCCGGCAUUCUGAUCAUUGUGAAGUUACUGGUGCUACCGCUGGUGACACGUCAAACGGUCAACAUUAUGAACGCCGGAGCCAACUUUUCCGAAACGACCGAUCUCAGCACGUUUGGCUUUCUGUACGGAACAUUCCCGGCCGCCCCAGGAGUCUUCGUUAUCGCCUCGCAGUACAACAUGGACGUGGACUUGAUCGCGAGCAGCAUGGUUGCGUCGACCUUCAUCAGCGCACCGUUGAUGUUCAUCUCGGCCAAGAUGAUCACGAUCACCAACCUCAAUCCGUCCGACUAUCUCAACGAGCUGGACAAGUUCGCCUUCGACAUCAGCAUCGUGGCCAUUUGCUGCUCCGUCUGGAUGCUGCUUCUAUUCACCCUAACCCGAAGGGUCAAAAAGAUGCCCCAUCGAAUUACGGCCUGUCUGAUCAUUUCGCAGCUGCUCUGCAACAUUGGUGUGAUCAUGUGGUCAACCCUGGAACAGACCAGCGGUUGGCGAAUGUACGUCCAGUUUUACUUCUUCACGAUCGGCUGCUACAGCAGCCGGCUCUGGACCGCGUUCCUCGCAAUCACCAUACUCUUUCUGCAAUGUCGCAGUUUGUGCUUCGUCCUCAAACUUUGGCCACUCUUCAUCGCGGCAGCGUGGGGCCUCCCAACGCUCAUCGUCUCCCUGCUGUUCAUGCUGGACACCAAGAACAUCACCCCCACCGAGAAGCGCAACCCGAGCUUCCAGUACGGCAACGCGCAAGCCGCCAUAGCCGUGUUUCUGCUGGUAAUGUGCUUCAUCGUAACCGUGGGUUGUCUCAUUCUGCACCAGCGGUUCAAGAAGCGCCACGAGCGGUACAUGGCCCUCUCGCGGGAGGUUUCGUCGCCGGAUGCGGACACGGCGACCGUGGUCGGAUCGACCAGCUCGGUGGCCAAUUUGAUCCAGGAAGCGGCCAAUGGAAAUGGGAUUCAUCGGAGGAGGCAUUCGGUGACGUCGAGUGAUGAUGAGAUACUGAGGGGAGGGGAUACCGAUGGAGGGUGUAACGGGGGUGGAAAUGGGUGCUGUUCGUCGAACAGGGGUACGGUUCGUUCCGUGGUGGACAUUGAGGAUCUGGUCGCGCAGAGGAGUAUCAACAAUGAUAUUGAAAACGAGGAAACCAUCACCUCUAGCGGCAUGUGCUCGGCCCAGUUCAACUGUCCAUCGGCGUCCAAGCAGCAGUGCCAGUCGCUGAUCGACCGGUACCGUGAGCACGCCCGCGACGGCCUGGAACCGCUCGAGUUUGACAAGAACGUCGACGAGCACCAGACGCUGAAGCACAUGGUGCUGCUGAUUUUGCUGCUCUGCUCGAUGUUUGUCGGACUGGCAAUUUCCGUCUGGACACUGAUCAUGGAGGGAAUGUCGGGGAUCUACGUGGAGCUUACGUUUUUGGACGCGUUCCUCAACUUUGGCCAGAGCAUCAUCGUGCUGGCGGUGUUUAUUACCGAUACCGGGGAGUUGCUGCUGCCGUUGCUCAAGUUCUGGCGCAAGGUCUGGUACGGAGCGAACAUGCUGCAGCUGCCGAUUUGGAGCGAAAUAAGUACGGAAACACGCCACAUUUGCGACCAGUUUACGACGCAUCACCUGGAGAACUGCAGGAAGGCCAUCGCAAAGGAUAAGAGAUGGCGCAUCAAGAUCUACAAGAAGGUGUUUUACGGCAACGUCUUUGUCGACUGGUUGCUGGAGGUCGGACUGGCCAAGGAUCGCUCAGAUGCAACGCUGUACGCGCGCCGUCUCAUCGACGGCCGGGUACUGCGGCACAUCAACAACGUGUACCACUUUCACGAUCGCAACCUGCUGUACACGUUCUGCGAUCGGUUGUAAAGGAGGUGUUAAAAAAAAGAGUGAUCUGACAUCAGUAGCCAGUAUUUUUGGGAAUAUUUUACAAGCAAAAGACACACAAAAAAGCAAACGAGGAUGCCAAGCUGAAAUGCAGCAGCAAUUUUAAAACGGGAGAACGAAUCGGAAAAUGAAACAACUAGCAAGGACGCUGUUACCAAAUGAAGACGAAACUGGAAAGUAUUGUGAUGACCAUUGUUUAAUUGUACACGCAGCCGGUACUCAUUUUUGUUGAAUAGUUUUAUUUUAAGUAAUUUAUUUACACACCCGCUGAAGGUAGUGAGCUGUGAAAGGAAAGUUAAGUUGUAAAUAUACCUUUUAUUUUUCGACAGAUUAGUUUGAAUUUUGGAAAUAAAUAUUGAUGCACAAAGUGCGAGCAAAUAAAACAUAAUACAAAGUAGAUAUUUCCGCCCUAGUAAAGCUUGCUUAAAGGUUCUCAACAAACUAGAUGAUGCUUAGUCAAAUAAAACAAUAUUUUAAUAAGAAAUAUACUAUGUGCAUGCUUAUGAUACAAA